AUGGCAGAAGGGUCCGAUACGAAUUCCCAUCAGAGUUUUGAUGACGACGUUGAAGGGGUCGCUGAUGAGAAUCAGGAGCCAUGGAAGUUCAGAAUCUACUUUGUGGGAUUUCCAAGCGAGAUCGCUGACUCUGAAACCAUGUCCGUGGUUGAAAUGAUCCCGAACCUCGUACCUGAGGCGAGGGUUUAUCAACACAAUAUCUUUCGCCAUGACGUCGUUUCAGAGCUGCAAGAUUUGAGCUCGGAGGACGAAGAUGACAGAGAGUCAUUGGCAGUUGAUGAGCAGCGAGCACCUGACGGGCCCGAGGAGCGUGAAAGGGACAGAGAUGGCAUCCCUGCCUCCUUAGUUGGCCCAAGGUUGAUCAGCCCAAAGUUAAUCAGCGACAUCAGAAAUCCCGACACAGGGAAUUCUGUGAAAGAGGCGAGGAUGGCUUCGAUCGAGAAAGAGUAUGAUGAGCAUAUUGCCACCACUGACGAUGCAGCAUCCGUUGAGAGUCAAGUGGCCCAUCCAUUUUACUCGCCGGCCUGGAUUGAAAGCGAGGCAUUGGAACUUCUUAUUCGGAUCCAGAAGCAUGCGCCACAGGAGGCGAUUAAAGAUCGCAAUAGGGUGUUGUUGGCCGGUUAUGGCUUUGGUGGGAUUGUGGUCAAACAGGCUAUAAUUAUUGCCAACAGGACGCCUCGAUUCUACGACGUUGCUCUGAACGUCGCCAGCCUGCUCUUCUUUGCCACUCCCCAUGGCCCAACGAAGCGUGAGGCGCCAGAUCACUCGACCGGUCGACUCGGGUGGGAAAAUGUUCUUUUUGAGAUGCUCAAAGCCACAAACAUAGGCUACACCGGUCGACUUUCUCAGCUGCUCUCCGGCCUCGUAGAUGCCGUGGCACAACUUUCUCAUGUCUUUCGAAAGUUUGCCGUCAAGUAUCCGACAACGGAUUUCAUUCAGGUUGACGGUGAAUACACGCCAAAAAUGAGCCAAUCUAGCAACCCCGAGUUUGGAGUCCUAUGGCCGAUGCGGGGGCCUAAAGGUGCUGCAAUGUGCGCCGUGAACAACUUGGAUGAACUCGGGCUGCUUCGAAGGCUCUUCACACCUGACCAUAUACUCUUUGAUCACGAGGGAUCAAUUAAGGGCCCCCAUGUAGCACCGCAGUUUGACAUCAGCGAUACUUAUUUCAAGACCCUCCAAUCAUUGUCUUUCUCCCGAUGGAUCCUGCAUGAAGCCCGAACCCUAGACAAGUCUGACGACUUCGACGACAUGCAGGGUAUUUACCGCCCGAUAUUGCAGCAGAUUCCUUGGAAACAGUCUCGCGGAGGUUCGGUCCAGAUUCAUGGUCCAACGGGGUACGGGAAGUCGGAUCUUGUGAGGCUCAUCACCCAGGAAUUCCGCGAAAGAUCUUCUGUGGUCAUCAUUGAUAACCUCAUUAGCUCAUUGGAAAGUCAUCUCGGGAGCUUCUGCGGUGUCUUGGUUUCUACCGUCCACCAAAUCAUCUCACAACGGCCAUAUCUGUUUUGGCCUGUUAAGAACUUGAUGGCCGAGAUUCUCAGCCAGAAUGCCUGGACGCAAGAAACCCUCACUGCCUUGCUAUCAUCAAUCAUCUUUUACGCCAAGAAUGUCGACUUUCUGGUCGUCAUCGCCGAUUUCGAAAAAUGGACGAGCCAGGCGCAGUCAUGGUGGUUGCAGAUGCCGGGUUUGGCCGCAGAAUCUUCCGCCGUGACGUUUACUUUCCUUACCAGCAGCCGCGCACCAAUAGAUGGCUUCAAAUCAGGGAAAGUCUAUGCCUUUGACCUGGCAGCGAAAUCCAAGCACUACCAAAACGCCUUGAUCAGGACGAAGACAACGCAACUACUUGAUCAUGCCUACGGAUCCAGUUUCCUCAGAGAGAGGCUUGCGGUGAAUGUCAAGAAACAGAUCAUUGACUCGGCCACGAGUUUUGAGGGUUCCUUCUCUGCAAUCAGCGCAUACCUGGUCCACCUAUUCCAAAGCUUUACCAUCAGCUCUCCAGAGGCGAUCGAAGCAGACAUUGCAAAGAGUCCGAAGAACGAAAGAUUACUUUACGAGAAACACAUAGAGAUUCUUAGCACCCAACCCUCUUCCACAGUUUCUUGGGCGAAUUCUGUACUUUCCUGUCUGGUUCUUGCAAUGCGAGAUUUUCGCAUUGAGGAACUUGCCGUGGCGGUAGCCAUCAAUCUGCGCCGUUCAACCAUCUCCCAGAUUCAGGGAAUGGUGUCCAUGGACAUGGAACGAGAUCUUCGCAGUCAUCUAGGAGGACUUGACGCCACGCAAGCCGAUCACGAAGGGAGAACGCCGCUUCACAUGGCAGCUAUAUGCGGUCGGACAGAUGUUAUCCGACAACUCUUGGGCAUGGGCGUUUCCGGUGAGGCACCGAUCAAUGCCAGCGCCGCUGAAUUGCUCGAUGUCAAGGAUAUGGGUUUCCACACAGCCUUGACAGCCGCAGCCAAGAUGGGAAGUGUUGAUUCAGCGAAGUAUCUGGUAGCGGUUGGGGCAGAUCUGACGGUUCAGGAUCGAAUUGGUCAGACGACCUUGCAUUACGCAAUCCCGAACUGCCCGCAAGUUGUUAACAACAUUGUCGUUCGUGAUAAGUCUACGCUAUACAUCAAAGAUGUACAUGGCUGCACGCCUCUGCAUGUUGCUGCCCGUUGUGGGAGCGUGGAAUCUACGACCUUCAUUGUUGACGCUGCACGAACAUACGAUCGUCUGCUCGAAGUAGUCGAAGCUGCGGACAACAUGGGCUUGGCGCCGCUCCAUUACGCCGCUGAGAGGGGAUUCACAAAUGUGACUAAGAUCCUCAUCGACGCGCAAGUCAAUAGUAUUGCUUCAGCCGCUUAUGCUAGGCGAGCUGCGAAAUUAGCUGCAGCACACGGUUAUCUAGAGACAAUGAAGUCUAUAGAUGGAGGCACCUUGGAAUACGGUGGCGAAUUGCUUUUGGCCGCAUCACGCGCAGGCCAGCUACUGAUAGUCCAGUAUCUUCUACAACAAAGCGUUUCUCCCGAUGGACAGGAAGAUGCGAAGCAAAGACCAAUCUCAGUGGCCACAGCACGAGGCUACAACGAGGUGGUACGCACCCUGUUACGGCACAAGGCAGAUAUCAACUUGGGAGAUUCAGAAAGGCGAACACCUUUGCACCACGCCGCAAGUUACGGAGUAUACGAUGUCCUAAAGACGCUCCUAAACCACGCUAGGGACACCACCGAGGCAGCGAACGUCCAAGCUCGCGAUUACUCCCGGUUCACGCCGCUUCACUUUGCAGCUCAAAGAGGCCAUACCAGCAGUGUAGAGCUGCUCUUGGAACACAACGCUAACGCCAAUGACCGCUCCGUCUCGGGGGACACGCCACUUCAUCUCGCCACUGGGAGUCCGAGAAUAGUCGAAGCCCUUUUAAAGGUCGAUGCAGAUGCGAACGCCAUCAAUCAACUGGGCCAGACACCACUUCAUAUGGCGACGCGCAGGAAAUGCCUCGAAUCCGCACAACUUCUUAUUCGAAAGGGCGUCGAAGUUGGCAUUGCCGAUGAAGACGGAAGACGGGCGGUGUAUCAUGCCAUAGAGCAGAACGAUAUCCACAUGGUGGAAGAGCUCGUAACGAAUGAUGUCAAAGCAAACGAUAUCAAUGAAAACGUGAAAGGAUCGUGGGACAACCUGGAGCUGGCAGUGAGAUCUUCUGCCCUGGAAGUCCUUGAGUUUUUAAUGGGCGAUGAUGAAGAUGCAGUACAGAAGACGGACGACGACCGUCAUUCACUCUUGCACUAUGCUGCCGAAAGGAAAUCAGUUGAAGUUCUGACUUUCCUCAUCGACCGUGGAACUGAAAUUGACAGCCCUAGUCGCUGGGGGAGAACGCCACUGCAUUGCGCAGCCUAUCAUGGCCAAGUUGACAACAUGAGAGAGCUUCUCAAACGCGGCGCUGACCCUGAAAGGGCGGAUGAGUCCGGUGAUAUACCCUUGCACCUGGCUGCCGAUCAAGGGUAUGAUGCAGCCGUUCGCAUCUUGCUCCACGCAGGUUCACCUAUCGAUGUACGAGGGGUUGGGGAACAAACACCACUUUUCUGCGCCACCAGCGCGAAUCAUUUCAACGUCGCCGAAACACUUCUCAAGGCCGGCGCCGAAGUCAAUUCACAAGACGAAGACGGCUGGUCUUCACUACAUGCGGCGGCAGGUGACCUGGGCGCUUCCAAGCUGCUUUUGGAGUCCGGGGCCGACAUCAAUUGUCAAAAGGCAGACCUUUGGGCCCCCCUUCACUUAGCCGUAUUCUGGGGUAGCGUCGAGGUAGCUGAAUUUCUCCUCAAGAGUGGUGCCAACCCCAACCUCACCAAUGCCGACGGAGACACACCCCUGCAUGUGGCCCUCAAAAAGGGUCAAGCUGAGGUUGUGAAGAUCUUUUUGAACCACCGUGGAAGCAACUCUGUAGAUGUGGACAAACCGAACGCCGAUGGGUUCCAUCCCAUCCACCUGGCAUCCAGAGAAUGCAAUAGCGACAUCGGUUGGGAUCCACAGGAUUGGACAAAUGCCUACUGGGAAGCUAUAUUCAGAAACCGGGUCGAAAGUGUUUCUAUCUUGCUGAGCAAGAGCCCUGGUCUGAAAAAUGAGAUGAAUGAAGAGGGCCUCAAUGGUCUCGAGGUGUACUUCGACAGCUGCCAGAGCCUCGAAGACCAGGGCAACCCACUGGCCGUCCUCUUGGUCAAAAGCGGCUGCAAUCCCUGGACCAGACGGCAGAAUGACCAGAAGUCCAUUUUUGAACUUGGUUUCUCGACCCAGUGGAGUCGCCAGCACAUGGACUUUGUGGAUGCUUGUCUCCAGUGUCUUCCAGGUGACCCCCAAGAGGCCGGGCUGGGAUUCAAAGAACUUCGAAUCGCUACCGAGAUGGAUAGGCCUGACCUAUGGACGAAGCUAAAGUCGAUGCUAACACAAUUCGAGAGGGAGACAGAUUCCGAUGGGUGGACUCUGCACCACUUCUUGUAUCAAUGUGCUCCCAGGAUCGCCCUUGGAGAGUACCAGUCGAGAGCCCCGCAAAGCCAGACCAAGACGCCAACAGCGCUCAUUAUACCUCCUAUGUGGAAGAGAGGUGUAGAAGUUAGUGAGUCGCGCGCGCAGAUCCUCCAAGGGGGUUUGGAGGUUUUCUUUGCAGCAUCUCACGACGAGGAAAACGACCCGUACAACAUUUGUAUCAGGGCAAACCAUCCUCUAUCGCCUAGGAAACUGGGAUUGGCAUAUUUUGAGCUAUCAAUAGAGGAGGCCUUGGAGGUGUCCACGUCCGAGUCCAAGCCAGACGAUCUCGAACAGCGGAACAGAAAGUCAAGUAAUCCAAGCGAACCAGAAGAGCCGGAGACAGGCUCUAACGGCUCUGCGAAAUCUGACGCGACAUCAGACACUUCCCCGUCAUCGGAAGCUACGCCUGCCGACCCAAGCGUGGUCAUCGGCUUGACUGGCGAGUUCUGCGACAUGAGGAAGGCACACCCCGGAUGGUAUUUGUGGUCGGUGGGUUACCAUGGAGUCGAGGGCAAUGUGUAUGACGAGGACUUUUCUUCCGCAAGUCAUAUAUUGGGACGAAUCUAUGGGCUAGGCAGCACCGUGGGCUGCGGGGUCGAUUACGAGAACCGCGAAUAUAUAUUCACUCUCAAUGGUCAAGUCGUUGACCGGUAUCCGAAGAGGACACAGACGAGUCGAACUAUGUCGGUUGCUGGCGCACGAAAGUAG